CCGGGGCCGCCCAGGGGCAGGGCCGGCGGGGCGGCGCGGUGCCCGGUGCCCCGAGCCGCGCCGAGCCGAGCCGCGCGGCCCGGCGGGGGCGGCGCAGCGGCGGCGGUGCGCGGCAUGCGCGGAAGAUGGCGGCGGGCAGGCGCGCCCCGCGCACCGGGCUGCUGGAGCUGCGCGGCCCCGGCGGGCAGUGGCUCCGCGUCCUGCUCACCCUGGCCGAGGACGUGCUGGCCGUGAGCCCCGCCGCCGGCCCCGGCCCCGGCCCCGGCCCCGGCCCCGGCGAGGCGCCGCCGGCGCAGCUCAACGGCGGCGAGCCGGGCUCCGCCGUGCCCGAGGCGCUGGCCAACGUCAGGCGCACGGUGCGCGUCGUCAAGCAGGACGUGGGGGGGCUCGGCAUCAGCAUCAAAGGAACUGAACAGACCAAUCAGUCUUCAGUUGAUGGGAAGAAGAACAGAAGACCUCUGCGUACUUCAGGGGUCUCCUGGGAGAGCUCAAAGGUCAUGGAUAGUUCCACAUGCCAAAGCACCUCAUCUCAGGAAAAAGAUGCUACUCAGACAGCUGUUGAGGGGAGACCUGAAGAAGAAACUCUGUCCAGCAGCAAGCUGCUGAGCUCCCAAGAGCCUGCUCGUCAGGAACUUCAGAGUCCUGAAGACAGCUUGAGUGAGCCAUCGCAGGAGGACCAAGACACUGAAAACCAAGAAAGCAGUACAGAGGAUUCUUCUAGACAGCUGUGUCUCUGUCCUGAGACAAGAACAUCCCUCUCUUCAGGAGCCUCUGAAGAAGACAAUGACUCUGACUUGAAAGAGAGCAGAAGAUUUUUGCAGCAUAAAUUUGGCCACAGCGAGGCUGUAGAUGACACUGAAAUUAAAACAGUUGUAAAUACAGGGGCCAGAGCCAAGCUGCAGACAACCUGGCAAGAGAUAAGAGCCACGCGGGGGAUGCAGGCUCUGAUGGAUGGGCUGCUCCAAUUAAGCACUGGUACCUCUCAAGAAGAGGAGGCAAAAUCGCAAAGUUAAAUUGCGGACGACGUGACUAGACGACCACACCCGUUGUUCCAGCACAAAUUUGGAUCUGCUCCAUCAAAGGACUUCUGAGCCCAAGAGAUGGCUGUUCUUGGCCAGCAAAAUGAAAUCCAGGCUCAAAACCAGACCUUGGCUUCCUGGGCGGGCAGAGCUAAGAGCUGCCAAAUUGCCAUGCAUGGCAGCUCACAGGCCGUGCGGGAACACACCCAGAGCUGCGCUUUUACCAGGCUGCUGCCCAGCACCAACCGGGGCAGGAACUGUAGGAGCUUUAAACCCAGUCUGUUGGCAGCACGGUCCUACUGGGAGUCAGCAGGUCAAUGCUCCUGUCCUUUCUUUGCAAGAGCUGAGUAGGGCUCACACAGCUUUCACUGACUUACCAAGGCAGUGGCUUCAGGGCUGGAUGGUGCCCUGGGGCAGUCAGUUUACAUCUCCUACUCCACCCCAAGAGCACUCCCGGUUAUAAGCUCUGCCAAGGCUGAACCUCUGGACUGGGAGGGAGUCAAGAGCCACAGGCCCAUUGGUACCAGCACGACUUGCCAACUGGUGGCUGUGGCAUUUACCCAAGACAGGAGAUUGGGUCCUGGUCCCUGGUUUCAGGACAAUAUGUGUACUUUACUGCUCCAAAUCCCUGCAGGAUAUGAGCAGGGCCAUGCCUGGCUUUCAGAUGCCAAGCAGAUGUCAGCAUGAGGCUGGUGUUGUACUCUCAGCCUUCACAAACCCCAGGCACAUCUGGGGACAAGGAGAACUUCCAGACACUUAGUGAAGUUCUCAUGAUCGCAAACUCUGGCAUCACCAGGCUUUGAGGUAUGGGCUGGAGGUAAGCGUCACUCAAGCACUGGGCUAUGCCAGAGCUGAACCACUCGCAUCUCAGUUCUGACCUGGGCCAGAGUUUUCACAUGACCAGACUCCCUGAUCCAUUUGUGGACAGGAGAAAGUGCUGGGAGACCAGGUAGGCUCAUGGAAGAGCUUCUGGUACAUAAAGCUCCCUUGCCAACAAAGUCAUAAUUAUUCAUGAUGGCUUGUAACAGAGCUCUUCAGGUCCUCCUCUUCCACCAAACAAGGACUGUGGAGCUAUCUGUGGCUAAGAGCCCUGUUCUUUACCCUGUUGUCCUGAGACUGGCAUGGAGCUCUUCAAGUGUGAUCUCAAGGAUCUGAGCAGUGGUGCAGAGAAGGGACAGCAUCUGCCACUCCUCUAGGCAAUGUGGCCACCUAACCUACUCGAUGGAGAAACUGCCGCACAUGGCUGUAGGGCACAGAGCAAUCCUGCAUUCUCCACUCCCUCCCGCCCCCAGCAUCUGGCUGCGGCUGGCAUAGGCAGCAAAGCCGAGAUGAACGCCGCCUGCCAAAUACAUUCGGCUGCUUGCUGCGACACAUCCAACCAUUCUGCAGCAGAUGGGCUGGUCAGCCCCUCUCCUAAUUACUCUCAGGCUACUCCAACCACACGUGCUCCCCCGUUCAUCAGCUGGGCUCUCUCCAGCCGUGCCGAAAUGGCUGCAAGAUCCUUCAUGUGUUUGUGCCCCACUCAGGGUGGGGCCUCUGGUACUGUAAAGCUGCUCAUCGCGUACCUUCACGUUACCUGGCAGGCCUCCCUGGAGACACGAGGAGCCUGCUGUGCAGCCACGAGAGCAGGACAGCUUUGGAGAGCCAAAGCGAGAACAUUUUAAAGAAUCCAUAUAUCAAAGUUGGAAGAAAAUUUAAAAUUAAUCCUUCACCAAAAUUUCAACCACACUAGUAUUAAACCUUUCCUAAUUUUUACUUGAAUGGAGUAUCUAGGAUGAGAUGUGAUACAUGAUAUUUUGGUGUCAAUACUUUUUCGAGGAAAGAGAGUCAAGGGAUUGAUGGAUUUGUUGUUUUAGUUUUCUAAACCGACUCCUAAUGGGAAGCUGGUUUCAGUGCGGUGCCCCCAGAUGGGAAGGGAUGUACAAGAAGCUCCCAGCAACCUGCUCCACCUCCAUGACCUGCUUUCCCACCCAUUUGUGCCUGUGCCCCAACCCUGCGCCUGCUCUGACAAGACCCUCGUGUUGAAGUUUCUCCUUCUCCCAACAGCUCUUACAACGUAAGAAGCAGAAAUAAUCAUGCGUAAAACUGUCUGGGCCGUUAAGCUAUGCACAUACCUGCCGA